AUGGAGCACGAGCAAGUCCUCGCCCCGCCUCACCCCGACGACACGCUCGGUGGUUUCGACGGUUCUCCUCAAAUCAUCCAGAAUCACGGAUACGAGUAUGCAGAGAAGCAACGUCAACAACCAGCUCAGACCCUCGACCAGGGUCUCCCACCACAAUCCCCGCGGGCCGAAGAGCACGCUGACCGCUACAACACGCCGCCGCUCCCCAUGAACGCUCCCCCCAUCUCGAGACCUGCGUCGGGCCUGUCGGGCGCCGGUGCGCAACAAGGCUACGCCGACCAUGCGUCACGAAGCAGCGCCGGCGCAGAGGCCGCAGCGAGCAACGGCCGCAACCACGUUGUUAUCAAAGUCGGCAUGGUGGGAGAUGCGCAAAUCGGCAAAACGAGUUUGAUGGUAAAGUACGUGGAGGGAAGUUGGGAUGAGGACUACAUCCAGACACUAGGCGUCAACUUCAUGGAGAAGACCAUCUCCAUCCGGAAUACCGAGAUCACCUUCUCCAUCUGGGAUUUGGGCGGUCAGCGCGAGUUCGUCAACAUGCUGCCGCUUGUCUGCAACGAUGCAGUCGCCAUUCUCUUCAUGUUCGACCUGACACGGAAGAGCACUCUCAACAGCAUCAAGGAGUGGUACCGCCAAGGCAGAGGCUUCAACAAGACGGCCAUUCCGAUUUUGGUGGGCACAAAAUACGACCACUUUGUCAACUUCCCAAGAGAGGACCAAGAGGAGAUUUCUAACCAGGCCCGCCGAUUCGCAAAGGCUAUGCGCGCAGCAUUGAUCUUCUCCAGCACGAGCCAUAGUAUCAACGUGCAGAAGAUUUUCAAAAUUGUUUUGUCAAAAGCUUUUGACCUCAAAUGCACGAUUCCUGAAAUCGAGAACGUGGGAGAGCCGCUACUUCUUUACCAGUCUUGCUGA